AUGUCCAACAUCACGCUAUACAGCUGGCCUACACCAAACGGCAUCAAGGCCUCCAUUACCCUGGAAGAGCUCGGUCUACCCUACAAGACUGUGCCGAUUGACAUAAGCACUAACAUCCAAAAAGAGGACUGGUUCCUCAAGAUCAACCCCAAUGGCCGGAUUCCUGCAAUCACAGACAACUCGCAGCGUGUCUUUGAAAGUGGCUCGAUCAUGCUUUACCUAGCUGACAAAUAUGACACUGAUCGCAAGAUAAGCUAUGCGCCGGGAACACCAGAGCACAUCGAGCAGCUAUCCUGGCUCAUGUUCCAAAUGGGCGGUCUUGGACCCAUGCAAGGCCAAGCGAACCACUUCCGCCUCUUUGCUGGCGUACGCUCAGACUAUGGGAUCAAGCGUUACAUCGACGAGACGAAGCGUCUGAUUUCUGUUCUUGAGUCUCGGUUGCAGGAGAGUCCCUACCUGGCAGGUAGUAAGUAUACUGUUGCGGAUAUCGCGAAUUAUUCGUGGGUUCGCAGUGCUCCUACUGCGCUUGAGAUUGAUCUUGCAGAGUUCCCAGCUGUGGAGAAGUGGGUGAAUGAGAUUGGGAAGAGGGAUGCGGUGGUCAAGGGGGCAAAUAUUCCGGAUACUGGUCGUACGGAUGCGGAUCGGAAUGAAUUUUUUAAGAAUGCUCGGGCGAAGAUUGAUGCGAUGAACAACUCUGAUCAGCAUUGA